AUGAAGUUGAACCGCUUGCAGGCUGGCAGGUCCCAAGCAAAAGGGUCUGCUGGUCAGUUGUUGCUGCCGGCACACACUACGCAUAAGCAUACCCAAGCUUGGAAAGUAUCAUCUAUAACGACGAGCACGCAAGCAAUCCAUAUAUCAUCGUCACCAGUCCUCGGCACCUUUAUAGGACCCUCCCGCCGAUACACCCUUACAUCUCGACGAAUAUACAAGAACAUUCUCGCAAACCUACGCCACCACCUCCAUUUUGGUGCCGAUUAUCUUCAAGAUCCCCUUGGAGAGCCACAACAAUUCCUCCACUUACUCAAUUCGACAUUCGCGAUCGCUUUCGCGAAACCAUCCGCCACCAUACAUCCUCAACUCAGCCAUAGUCUGCUCCAGCAGCCGAGCAGCGAAUUUGAAGGCAUGCCUUGUAAGGCUGAGGGUCUAGUCCUAACCGUGGACCCGAACGUAAUUCACAAGGUCGACACAAACAACCCUCAGAACCUCUUUAGCAUGUGGACCGUCUUUUCUAGAUGCGCCGACUCAGUUGAACAAGGACGAAGAUUAGAAAACCUCAGCUGGCGAUUGUGGAACAGAGAGACUUUCUGCUGCGAAGCCAAGGGAUUAUCUACCGUCACUACUACCACAUUACCGAAAGACAUCCCCGCACAACAACAAUUAUCAGACCUUCCCCAAUUGUCGGGCAGCGUCGACUCUAUUGCUGACGAGGAAGCAAUCGAUUUCACCACCAUCUCCGAUCCCGUCGAGAUCCUCCGACCUCGAAUCGUUCGACAAGACUCUUGUGCUAGCAGCCGAAGUAGGGGCCGUGAACGGCACAUUACCUCUGACCAUCUUGAGAAGAUGGUUGUUUCUAUUAUCCAAGAGAAGGAACCAAACCUAGCUCCUCUCCCCGAUAUGAGCUCUCCUUCAGUCGAAUCGUCUGUUGCAGACCACAUGCAAUCAUCCUCAGAAGAAGAUUACACCCCCACCACGCAAAUUACCGAAUCUGCGUGCGAGUCUGUAAACGCCUCAUCUGAGUCGUCUUCGCAGUCGAAAUCUGCUGAAGUCCCUGCUACUACUGUCAUCCGAGGCUUCUCGCCAUCACAGAUUCCAUCUUUCCGUGUUUCUCACGAGCCCAAACCCGCAGCGCAAGAUCCAAUUCCUGAGCCGCGAUCUUCCCCCGCCCAUAAGCCAGUACAGCCCAAGAAGCAAGGCGCGAUGUUCAAGAUUGGCGACUCCUCUAGCAAUGAGUCUUCGCCCCAAAGCUUAGAUACACGCAAGCCUAUGGCCCCGCCCGCCAAGAGACCCAUGUUCGAGGUAGGCGUCGGCUCAUCUGGGGAAGAUGAGGGUUCCCUGAAGAGUGCCAUGCACUCUUCUCGGCAAUGCUCCCUCCUUACCGCGCAGAAGAAACAGGCGUCAUUCAAUAACCACAUCUCAACACGAACAAUCCAGACUCCUAGUGAUCAGUCGGAUAGCUACAUGGAUGAGAGUGCCAUUGAUGACGAUGACGAGGACUCAGAGUGGGAGGAUUCUAUUGAGGAGAGUGGCAAGUCUAGUGUGGAUGAUGCUGUCACAUUCAAGCGAGUACCGUCGAAGCCGAAUCUUACUUCCCAGAGGUCAUUAAUCAGCCUCAUGUUCGCCGGACAAGAAGAACGAGUCAAGGGUCUCAGCAACUACGCCUCGCACUCGACGCCCGCUAUCCCUCAACGCGCACGGACAUUACAAAAUCCGUCAAACAUGCACGUUGUUUCCUCUCCUAACGAUUCUGACAACGGCCUAGAGAUGAGAAGGGGGGUACGACCUACGCCACUAAAGCCUAUUACCGAAAUUCCUCGAUCCAGCGCACAACCCAUCAUGACCAACCCGCAGAUCCACCAUCACCAAGCGGCUUUGUCACCUAGAACAACUAGAAGGAACAUGCUUGCCACGGAAUUGACCGAGUCGCUCCGCCGUCAACUCCUAUGGGAACGUCAACAGAAGACAUCGACUGCUAACGCGGUUCUCAAGCGACGUCACACCUCACUCGACGUGGCCAACUUAAAACAGUACCCCGAGAAGGCCUAUAUGGCUAAGGGAAAGGAGGAGCCUAACUCAAGCAGCUGGAACCAAUAUUUCAGCCGCGAGGACUUCGGCGGAUACCACGCUCAAGGCUGGUAGUUUUUUAUUUUCAAUUUAUUGCGGACAUUUUCGGACAUACCCUCGAUCGAAGUGCAAGCGGAGCACUCGACGGCAGAUCUCGGACUGCCUUGUAUUUUAUUUCCUUAUCUUUUUUUCGGAAGCAUUGCGAAGGUGGUUGCUUUCUACGAUACCGAUUGCAUUGCAUGAGGCCGGCGUUUAAUGAUGUUGUUUAAUCACGAGGCAAUCCCAUCGCCUAUAAUCGCACACUACAUGGUUAGCCGACGGAUUGGUCGACGAACCAAUCACAGCGCAGCUUCGACCGUUACAGCGCAUCGUUUGCUGCUUUUACGGCCCGCUCGAGACUCAUAAUCGUGUCUAGGGCACACUCGCCUUUAGUUUUCAUGUUUAUCUGGCACUAAUCGGCGUUGCUACCUGGAUGAUACCACGGUCCGCAUUUGAUUUCGUCCUCCGCGAAGGACUGCAUUUGCUUUCUAUUACUCAUAGUGUGUAUUUAAGGAGAAUCAGAGGGCAACCUCACGA